AUUUAAAUCCAUUGGUGGUACUUCAGUUUACUGAAACCGUUCAUGUUUGGUCACUCUCCGUCCAACUCCGUUAACUUUUGCUUACGUGGCAGUCAACUCUAAAAAUUGACCGUUAAAUGUGUGACGUGGCAAUUAAAAAAUAAUAAAAAUUUAUAAGAUCACUUGUUUUUUAUUUUCCACCUCAAUUAUAACUAUUAAAAAAAAUAAAAAAGUCAUUUCACCUUCUCCAAUCACUGCCUCACCACCACCUCCUUCCCCGGCAGCUACCUCAAAGCCAACCUCCUCACAUUCGCUGAUACCCAGCAAUCCAAAAAUUCAAGUACACAAUAACCUCAGACCCACUCAACAUCAAAGCCUCAUGGGUCGGUUGCGAUGUCUGCACCUACCGCAGCUUCUUCUGCGACAGCCCGCUCGACAAUGCCUCGGCCACCGCCGCAUCAAUCUACUUCAACGGCUUCGGCCUCUCCGCCCUUUCUUCCACGCAGGGUCAGAGGCCACCAAAGGGAAGAUGAAUCCGACUUCCGACUUUCGCUCCCCUCGCGAUUGAGACGGUCACGACACACAUACAACCUCGAUUGCCGAUUUGCCGCCGUCCAUUACGUUUACCCUUAAUUAUCUCGUGGGCAAAUGAGUGAGCGGCGCUGAGAUUUCUCGGGCGAAGGAAUGAGCGGCGACCUCUAGGGAUUUGAAAGCGUUGGUGGCGAUCUCGGGAGCGAAGGAAUGAGCGACAGAGUGAUCUCAGGAGCAAAGGAGUGAGUGGCGAUGGGUAGAGAUUUGGAAGAGUGGCGGCGAUCUUGCCGGAGAAAGAGUGCACGGCGACUGCGAGCAGAGAGGAGAGAGAGAGAGCUGUAUCAGAGGGACUUGUUCAGUCUUCACCGGCUAGGGAACGCGGUGACGAGAAGAGAGAUCGAGAGUCGCCGGUGGGGGAAAAUGUACGGAUGGACAACUAAGGCUUGUGAGAUUAUAAAAAAUUAAAUUAAAUUUUUAUCUUUUAAUAGUUGGAAAUUAGGUGGAAAACUUAAGAAAUUAAAUUUUAUUUAUUUUAUUAUUUUUUAAUUGUCACGUCACACAUUUAACGGUCAACUUUUAGAGUUGACUGCCACGUAAGCAAAAGUUAACGGAGUUGGACGGAGAGUGACCAAACGUGAACGGUUUCAGUAAACUGAAGUACCACCAAUGGAUUUAAAUAUUUCGAGUGACCAAACUUGAACGGUUUUUAUAAUCUCAGUGACCAAUCAUGCAAUUAACCCGCGAAGGAUUGAACGCCACCAAUGGGGAGACCACCCACUGCCCAACAAUUAUUUUAUAUUGGGAUUUUUAUUUAUUGAUUUGGGACAUAAAAUAAUUAAAAGCAAAAUUAGAAGUAUUUAUGAGUAAAUGAGAGGUAAUUGAGUCAUUUCACGGGCCCUUUAACGAUUACUUAACAGAUAAUUGGAUGAAAAGGUAAACUUGUUACGUUUUAAUAUUAGAAAGGUACAUUUGUGCAAAAUUUUAGUAGAGGGGUAUGUUUGUUAAUUUAAGAUAGUAUAGGAGUACAAAAUACUAUUAACCCUUUUUACAAAUGAAAAUCAUUCGGACUAGAAUUUCUACGCUAAAUUUAGAGUAGUGGUAUGGAUAUGUUCAUCUAGACCAUUUUCCUAGUUACACAAAAAUUAUCCAGGGACGGCGCCAGGAAUAUUAUAGAGCACCUCCAUCCAUGCAAUUGCAAAAGAAAUUGCAUUUGUGUUUUUUAUUGUCAACUCAAAUUUUUUGCAAUCCACAUCACAUUCAUUUCAUUCACCUACAUCAAUGCAAUUAACUUGCAAUUGCAAAUGUAAUUAGAUAUUAUGUUUAAAUUAUAGAAAAUUAAGUAAAACAGAAAAGAAAAUAAUAUAAAGUAUAAAAUGUCCAUUUUUUAGGCUUUUUUGACUUGCAUAUGGAAUUGCAUUUGUUGCAAGCUUGCAAAUAUGCAAUUGGUAGUCAUAUCAAUGCAAUUGGGUUUGCAAUUGCAAACACCUAUGCCAUGUCAUUUUGCAAUUGAGAAUGCAAUACCAAUGUGGAUGCUCGGGGGAGGAUAAUUAAGAGGUUUGGCAUGGAAUGGUGAAAAAUAAUUUAUGAUUUCAAUAGAAUUGACUAUAAUUGUUGAGAUAAACUUAUCGAAUUUUAUGUUGAUUGACUAGUCUCAACUUUAAGUAAACCACAUAAAUCGUCAUGUCACUAACUUUUCAAACAAUCUUUCGAUUUUUAUUGUAAGAACUAAAUGAUAAAUGUGAUUAUGAAGUAAUUCAAAAAAAGAAAACAUUUCGGAAAAUUUUGCAAAUAAAUUCUUGUUGUCUAAAGAAAACAUCUAAACAGGCGAAAAGAAAUAACCAGUCGAUAAACUCAAGGAAACUACUUAUUUUAUGAGCCAAUAAUUAACAUAUCUGAAUUGU